CGACGACGAAGAUGGAGCUCUUCCUGAACCCGGACAUUGCGGCAAGCGUGCUGCAGAUGUGCAUGGCCGAGACGGCUGCGCCGCUCGCCCUCGUCGUCCUCACGAACAAGCAGCUGCGGUCAUAUGGCGCCAGCGACGCACUCUGGGCGCGUCUCGUCGCCACCCACUUUGGCCCGGCCCGGCCGUACGCGCCGCUCGUGGCCUUUCCCGUGCUACCGGCGCUGUGUCGCCACCCGACGUGGGAGAUGGAACUCGAGGUGCCGCCCGUCUCGGCGUCUUGCAAAGAGUUCAUCGAGACGACGAUGGAGCGGUCACUCUUCCAAACCAUGACGGUGGUCCGCGACAACAUUGGCACGAUCGCGACGCUGGAUGCGACGCCCAUCGACUGCUUUGUCUUUCCGACGAACCCAUCGUUGCGCAACCACGGGAUUGGCGCGGCCGCCGCCAUCUUUGAGCGCGCGGGCAUCGAGCUCGACAUGCUCGUGUCGAGCCGCGAGUACGCGCGCACCCGCCACUACGACACGGCCGAGGUCGUCGUCACGCCCGGCUUCCACUCGGGCGCCAACCACCUCAUCCACUGCAUUGGACCCUACUGGCGCAUGCCGAACGCAGCAUCCCGGCUCUACCUCACGUACGUGCACGCGUUCCAAGAGGCCGUGCGCAUCGACGCGCGCUGCGUCGUCGUCGCGUCCAUUUCAACGGGGUCGCUCGGGUUUCCCGUACCAGAGGCGAGCCGCAUCGCGAUGGCAGCGUACCGCGACGUCGUCAAGGCCUACCGCUGGCGCGCCAAAGUGGGCUUCAUCUGCUACGAAGAGUCGAUCUUUAACGCGUUUGACGCGGCGCGGCAAGCGACGCUGCAUCGGUUCAACGACGGCUGCUUGGAGAUCGAGCCCCGCACAGAGCCCUUUGGCACGCGCAACCGUGUGGUGCAUAGCGACGACGAAGAAGGCCACGACGAGCCGAGCGACGAGGAAGAAGACGCGUAA